CCUACUUCUUCGUCUCCUGACAAAAUUCAAAAAGCUAAAUCGAUCGAUUCGUUGUUCUCCUGUACUGAUUCCUUCAGAAUUUGUCUUCGGAUCCUCUGUUUUCUGUUGAUUCGAUUAAGCAGCUACCAUGUCUUACAGACCGAGCGCGAAGACCGAGGUUCGUAGGAACAUGUACAAGGUAUCUGUUGACGCCGAUGAAGGUCGUCGGAGACGGGAGGGCAACAUGGUGGAGAUUAGGAAGAACAAGAGAGAGGAGAACUUGCAGAAGAAGAGGCGUGAAGGUCUUACUGCUUCCAUGGCCUCACAGCUAGGGCAAGGUUUCUCCUCGUCUCUUCCUACGGAAUCGAGAUUGGAGAAUUUACGACAGAUGGUUAAUGGAGUAAAUUCAGAGGAUAGAGACGUACAAUUGGAGGCGACUGCUGGCUUAAGAAAAUUGCUUUCAAUUGAGCGAAGUCCUCCAAUCACUGAAGUUGUUCAAUCUGGUGUUGUUCCCCGCAUUGUGCAAUUUCUUUCCAGGGAUGACUUCACCCAACUUCAGUUUGAGGCAGCUUGGGCGCUCACUAAUAUCGCUUCAGGGACAUCUGAGGACACUAAGGUCAUUAUUGAUAGUGGUGCUGUCCUUUCAUUCGUCCAGCUUCUCAGUUCUACCAGUGAGGAUGUCCGGGAACAGGCUGUCUGGGCACUGGGAAAUGUGGCUGGUGACUCACCAAGAUGCCGUGAUCAUGUCCUAAGUUGUGAGGCCAUGAUGCCUCUUCUGGGUCAAUUCAAUGAGCACUCAAAACUCUCCAUGCUGAGGAAUGCUACAUGGACAUUAUCAAAUUUCUGUAGAGGGAAGCCGCAACCACCAUUGGAGCAGACAACACCAGCUUUACCAGUUCUUGAGCGCCUUUUGCAUUCAAAUGAUGAAGAAGUUCUCACAGAUGCAUCAUGGGCUCUUUCAUAUCUCUCCGAUGGUACAAAUGAAAAAAUUCAAACUGUUAUCAACUCUGGUGUCAUCCCUCGCCUUGUCCAGCUCUUAAAUCAUCCGUCGCCCUCAGUUCUGAUUCCAGCUCUCCGUACCAUUGGUAAUAUUGUCACCGGAGAUGAUUUACAGACUCAGGCGGUUAUUAGCAGUCAAACGCUUCCUGCUUUGUUAAACAUUUUGACAAAGACAUACAAGAAGAGCAUCAAGAAGGAAACUUGCUGGACUAUCUCUAACAUUACAGCUGGGAACUCAAGUCAAAUUCAAGAAGUGAUUCAAGCAGGCAUUAUUCCGCCUCUGAUUAGCCUGCUUCAAAACGGUGAAUUCGAUAUUAAAAAAGAAGCUGCUUGGGCAAUUUCUAAUGCAACUUCUGGUGGCAGUCAUGACCAAAUCAAGUAUCUGGUGAGCCAAGGCUGCAUCAAACCGCUGUGUGAUCUCCUGCCGUGUCCUGAUCCAAGGAUCGUCACAGUGGCUUUGGAAGGUCUGGAGAACAUUCUGAAAGUUGGUGAAGCCGAGGAGAGUCUAGGCAACACAGGAAACGAGAAUCUCUAUGCGAAGAUGAUUGACGAGGCAGGAGGUUUGGACAAGAUUGAGAAUCUCCAGAGUCACGAUAAUAAUGAUAUUUACGAGAAAGCUGUGAAAAUCCUCGAGGCGUUUUGGGCUGAAGAAGACGAGGAGGAGGAGAAAAUAGACACCGCGAGUACUCCUCUGACUUAUCCGUCUUCCGGUUUCCAAUUCGGAAACCAAGGUAGUAAUGCUCCUACCGGUGGUUUUAACUUCGGUUAAAACAUAUUGCUUUGCUUUGUAGAGUUUUCUUUUUAAAUUUCUUUGUUUACGCUUUCAUUUGUCAGAAUUUUGAAAGACUAGAUAUUUUUUGUUUUGCAAUUAUGGCAGGAAAUUUUAGUGUCA